AAUAAACACGUUCUUUGUAGCAUUUGAGUAAUCCGCUGAAAGAGGAACAGUGGGAAUUGUAAUUAGCAAGCUGCUGACUGUUGUGUUGUUGGGGGGGUUUCUUUCACGAACUCCUCAUAUCUCUCAUUCAUUCUCACACUCGCAAGCUAAACCCACUCCACUCCGAUCCGAUCCGAUCGAAUCCAAUCCGAUCCGCUUUGAGUAGCAAUGGAAGAGUACCCGGAAGAGCUGCGCACUCCGCCGGUAACACUGGCAUCCAUCGUAGGGUGUUCGGAGCUGCACCCUCUGAUUUCGACCCACCUCCUAUCAAUGCAACCUCCCAUCAACACCCUCGCCCUCCCCGAUUUCUCCAAAAUCAAUCUCUUCCUCAAACAAAAAGACUCUGAUUUCGUUGCCACAUCACCCUCUCCCUCACCCCUCGUUCGCGGCAUCUUCAAACGCGAUUGGUUAACCAAACACCGCACCAAACUCCCUUCUGUCCUCGUCGCUCUCUUCCCCUCCCACCACCUCCUCGCCGACCCCUCUCACUGGCUCCAACUCUGUUCCCAUCUCGAUUCCAUCAAAACUGUCAUUCGCGGGAGGAACAUCAAGUUCGCUGUUGUCGUCGUUCACGCCAAUGCCGAUGAGAUCAGCGAAGAUAGAAUGAUUGCCUUGAGGAAGCGAGCGGAACUAGAUGCUAAAUACGUUCUCGUUUUGAAUCCCAACGACAGUUCCGAACUCAAGCAGUCUCUUGACAGGCUAUCGAGUAUGUUUUCUGAAUUGGCUGGCUCGUAUUAUAGAGAUGAAGGGAGAAGGAUUAAGCAGCGGAUAGAAAAGAAGAAUGUUAACUCCGUUGAGUUGAUUGUUCGCUACUGUUUCAAAGUUGCUGUAUAUGCAGAAUUCCGAAGUGACUGGGCUGAAGCGUUGAAAUUUUAUGAGGAGGCAUAUCAUACGCUGCGAGAGAUUGUUGGGGUGACAACAAGGUUGCCAGCAGUACAACGCCUAAUUGAGAUAAAAUCUAUUUCUGAACAAUUGCAUUUCAAGAUAUCAACCUUGUUAUUGCACAGUGGGAAGGUUACAGAAGCAGUGACAUGGUUCCGUCAGCACAAGAAUGCAUAUAAAAGGCUUGUCGGUGCACCAGAAGCAAUAUUUCUUCACUGGGAGUGGAUGAGUAGGCAGUUUUUGGUAUUUGGUGAAUUGUUGGAGACAAGUUCAAAAAUAACUCAAGGCUUUUUACCACUUAUUCUGGGCACUUCAUCCAAACCUUUGUCUGAGUGGGAAUAUUAUCCACCUUAUUACUACCAAUUAGCAGCUCAUUACUUGAGUGAGAAGAGAUCAGCACUGGAACUUGCAAUCUCAAUGUCAGAAACUUCCAAUGAGAUGGAUAAUACUGCUGAUUCAGUAGUUCCUUCAGCUUAUGUGGGUCAGUAUGCUCGAUUACUUGAGCAAGGAGAUAGUGUUGAUAUGCUACCUCUCACUGAUGAAGAAUACAUCCAUUAUGCUGUUUCCGAAGGAAGAAGGUUUCGAGAUUCACUUGAAAUUAUUGCUCUUCUAAAAAAAGCUAAUGAAUCCUACAGCAGUAUUAAAAUUCAGAGGAUGAGUUCUUUUUGUGGGUUGCAAAUGGCCAAAGAAUAUUUUGCUGAAGGUGAUAUUAGUAAUGCACAGAAGAUUUUUGAUAGUAUUGCUAGUCUAUACAGAAAAGAGGGAUGGGUAACUUUGUUAUGGGAUGUCUUGGGGUACUUGCGAGAGUGCUCUAGGAAAAAUGGUACUCUUAAAGACUUUGUUGAGUAUUCCCUUGAAAUGGCUGCUCUGCCAAUAUCAUCUGAUACUGGUGUCCAGAGAGACACUGGUCCAGCUGGUCCUGCAAAUCUACUGCAAAGAGAAAUUGUACACAAGGAGGUUUUUGAGCUUGUCAGUGAAGCUUCAGGAUUGGCAACAAAUGAACACCCCAGUAAUCUUAAGAUCACUGGAAACGAAUCACUUCAGCUUGAGGUUGAUCUUGUUAGUCCUCUUAGAUUGGUGAUGCUUGCAUCGGUUGUUUUCCAUGAGCAGAAAAUCAAGCCUGGAGCAUCAACUUUGAUUACAGUAUCACUUCUUUCACACCUACCCCUUAUUGUUGAUAUUGAUCAAUUAGAAAUCCAGUUCAACCAAUCUAAUUGUAAUUUGUUCAUUGUAAAUGCCCAAAAACCUCAAUCAGUAGAAGUCAGUAAUGGUAAUCAACAGCAUAGAAUGGAGUCAGCACCUUCUCUUUCACUUGAAUCAAACAAAUGGCUAAGGUUGACCUAUGACAUCAAAUCUGAUCAAAGUGGAAAACUUGAAUGCCUAUCUGUUAUUGCAAAAAUUGGAUCACGCUUCACAAUAUGCUGCAGAGCUGAAAGCCCUGCUUCACUGGAUGGUUUACCUCUUUGGACAUUGGAGGAUUGUAUACAAACCGUUCCAAUAAAAGAUCCAAUCCUUGUGUUAUCUGGUCAGAAGUCCACCCAAGUUGAAGAACCAGACCCACUGGUAGAUCUGCAUCUUGGUGCCUCUGGUCCUGCUUUAGUGGGAGAAAUUUUCUUGGUACCUGUAACAUUGGUCUCAAAAGGCCAUGAUGUCUACUCAGGUGAAUUGAAGAUCAAUCUUGUGGACGUGAAGGGAGGUGGCUUGUUUAGUCCAAGAGACUCUGAGCCACAGGCUAUGGAUAGUCAUCAUGUCCAGCUGCUUGGUAUAUCUGGACCAGAAGGAGAAGAUGAUUCUCAAUUAGAUUCUGACAAAAUAAAGAAAAUACAGCAAUCAUUUGGAUUGAUUUCCGUUCCCUUUCUUAAAAAUGGAGAUUCCUGGUCAUGCAAAUUAGAAAUCAAGUGGCACCGACCUAAACCUAUCAUGCUUUAUGUAUCUUUGGGUUAUACUUCAUAUAGUAAUGAAUCAAAUGCACAGAUGGUCCAUGUUCACAAGCAUUUGCAAAUUGAAGGGCACACUGCUAUUGCUCUUAGCCAUCAUUAUUUAAUGCCAUUUAGACGAGACCCAUUGUUACUCUCUAAGAAUAAGCAAGGCUCGGAGUCUGAUCAGUCAGCAUCACUGCCCUUAAACCAAAAAAACGUGCUUAUUGUUAGUGCAAAGAACUGCACUGAGUUGCCAUUAAGGUUGAAGUCCAUUUCCAUAGAAGUGGAGGCUGAUGCUGAAAGCACGUGCUCUAUUCAACAUGGAGACAAGGAGUUUUCAAACCCCGCACUUCUUGUUCCUGGGGAAGAGUUCAAGAAGGUAUUCUCAGUCAGUUCCAAUGUGAACCUUUCAAAGAUCAGACAAGGAACUGUGUGUUUGAGAUGGAGGAGGGAUUUGGGGACUGAAGAGCAAUCUGCUUCUACUUCAGCAUUGUCUUGGGUUUUGACUCAACAAAAGCUUCCGGAUAUGAACAUGGAGUUACCACCAUUGAUUGUGAGUUUGGAAUGUCCCGCUUACGCCAUCCUCGGAGAUCCCUUUACCUAUUACGUUAGAAUCUCGAACCAAACACAAUUACUGCAAGAAGUCAAAUACUCACUCGCGGAUGCACAGUGUUUUGUAUUAUCAGGGUAUCACAAUGACACUGCAUAUGUUCUUCCAAAAUCUGAGCACAUUCUCAGUUACAAACUCGUCCCACUUGCCUCAGGCAUGCAACAGUUACCUAGAUUUUCCAUGACUUCGGUGAGAUACUCAGCAGCAUAUCAGCCUUCAAAUUCUUCGAAUUCUGUUUUUGUUUUUCCUACCAAGCCUCAUUUCAAAACUGCAUCCUCAACCAACUUUAGGGUGGAGUCAGUUACUAAUGAGUAAAUCUUGUAAACCGUCAAUUUCUUCAAUUUUUCCUCUUCCUUGUAAACCCUCGCCCCCCUAGUUUGAGGGAACUUCAUAAUAUACAUGGAAAAGCUGCAUAUGCGGCCUGUUUUGGAUUUCUAGUUCCUAGUUUAUUAUUGACUUGGUUAGUGCAUCAUAUGUUCUUCAAUAGCUAUGCAUUACAGCAAUGCAUUUUAGGGUGCAUUUGGGCAACAUCUUAAUUAAGUAUUUAUUUUAAUAAACUCUUCAUGAGUAGUUUAUU